AUUCGAUCCACAACACAAGCCGUUGCGAAAUCUUGUGCCUCUUGGCUUAUUUCGACCUGUUGUUGAUUGUUUUAACCAUGGAAGGACAAGCCUGGGAUGUUGCCUCUUCGGAGGAGACGUCUGGAACGAGACUCUCUUUCCACUGCUGGCCUUCGUCGCGUCUGGAGGCUACCCGUUGUGUCGCUCCCUUUGGUGCUCUCUACACACCGCUCAAAAAGCUACCCCCAUCCUGUGCCCCACCAACCGCGCUACCCUAUGACCCUGUGCGCUGUUCGAAUGCUUCUUGUCAUGCCGUCUUGAAUCCAUACUGCCAAGUCGACUUUCGAUCCAAGCUUUGGGUCUGCCCCUUUUGCCUCACUCGCAAUCAUUUCCCUCCCCAUUAUGCUGACAAUAUUACCGAAACCAAUCUGCCAGCAGAACUCAUUCCUCAGUACGGUACCUGUGAGUAUGAACUCCAGACGGUCCCCAGUCAGGGCCCACCUUGUUUCCUCUUUGUGAUUGACACUUGCACGGCAGGAGGAGCCAAAGAGGAACUCUCGGAAUUGGCAGAUUCAUUGACACAAGCCCUCAAUCUUUUACCAGAGGACAGUCUCGUUGGACUCAUCACAUUUGGUACAAACAUUUCCGUCUACGAACUGGGAAGCGAAAGCAUUUCCAAAGCAUAUGUCAUGCGAGGAUCCCGCGAAUACGAACCAUCCAAAAUUGGUGAAAUGCUAGGAUGCAACCGUGCUCCUGCUCCCAAUGCCCCCAACGGGCAGCCCAAACCUCAGCAGCAACAACCGCAACAGGGAGCUGCUCAGCAAGUUGGAGGACCAGGAGCAGAAAUUCUACAGCGAUUCUUGUUGCCGGUUUCCGAGUGCUCCUUUGUCAUUGAAUCGAUUCUCGAUGAUCUACAGAGAGAUCCAUGGCCAGUACCCAACGACAAGCGUCCAUCCCGUUCGACCGGAGCUGCUCUAUCAGUGGCAACAUCCAUGUUGCAACUUGCCAUCCCUCGUAGAGGCGCAAGGAUUAUGCUAUUCACGUCGGGUCCUUGCACUGCCGGGCCUGGAGCCAUUGUCUCGCGUUUGAAGGAAGACGAUAUGCGUUCCCAUGCCGAUUUGGCAAAGAAAGCCGAACCGCUCCAUAAACCAGCUUGUGAGUUCUACUCCAAGCUCGCACAUGCCAAUACACAGCAGGGGCAAAAGCAAGAAACUGCGGCCUUUCACGUUGUUGAUGUAUUUGCUUGUUCGCUGGAUCAGGUCGGGUUGUUGGAAAUGAGAGAACUAGUGGAAGCAACCGGAGGUUUGGUGGUGUUGGGAGAUUCGUUCGGUCAAUCCGUCUUUAAGGAAUCGCUCCGGCGUGUGUUCACUCGAUACCCCGAUGAAGUGCCACAAGAUGGCGGACAAAUGCAAAUGGCGUUCGGGUGUUCUCUGGAGGUACUCACAAGUCGUGAACUCAAGGUUUCUGGUGCCAUUGGACCUGUGACAAGCCUCAACAAGGCUGCUCCAAAUGUCUCUGAUCUGGAAGUGGGCAAAGGAGGAACGAACAUGUGGGGCUUGGGUGGUGUCGACCCAACCACCACGGUUGCAGUGUACUUUGAUGUUACAAAUCCAGGAAACACGCCAGUACCAGAAGGCAAGCGCCGCUUUAUUCAGUUCCUAUCUCGCUAUCAGCACGCCAAUGGCCGCACGAGGCUCAGAGCUACGACCCUCUGUGGCCCCUGGUAUAAUGCACCUGACAUUCCCAAGGAUGACCCAGUUGCUGCUAGACAAGCCAUGGCCAACAGUCCGGUGAAGAUGAGCUUUGACCAGGAGGCUGCAGUUGUUCUUACUGCUCGGAUGGCAGUUCACCAGACUGAAACUGACGAGGUGGCGGACGUUUUGAGAUGGGUCGACCGAAGCCUCAUUCGGCUUUGUGCCAAAUUUGCGGAUUAUGUUCCGGAUGAUCCCAACAGUUUUCGUCUCUCCCCGGAAUUCAGUCUUUACCCGCAGUUCAUGUUUCAUCUUCGUCGGUCGCAGUUUCUGCAGUUGUUUAACUCCAGUCCAGAUGAAGCUGCCUACUACAGGUACAUUCUGACCCGGGAAAACACGACAAACUCCCUUGUGAUGAUCCAGCCGACACUGCUUUCGUACUCCUUCAAUGGGCCUCCCCAAGCCGCCUUGCUGGACUCGGACAGUGUUCGCCCUGAUACGAUCCUCUUGCUUGAUACAUUCUUUCAUGUCGUUGUCUUUCACGGCGAAACAAUCGCAGCGUGGCGUGAGCAGGGAUAUCACGAACAAGAAGAACACGCUGCAUUCCGUUCGUUGCUUGAGGCGCCUCAGUCGGAUGCGCAGUUGAUCAUGGACUCUCGAUUCCCAGUGCCUCGAUACAUUGUGUGCGAUCAACACAAGAGUGAAGCCCGUUUCUUGAUGGCGAAGCUCAAUCCAAGCACAACACACAAUUCCGAGUUGGGCGGUAGUGGCGGCGCUCAAGUGAACACCGAUGAUGUCAGUUUGCGGGUCUUCAUGGAACAUUUGAUGAAACUAGCCGUUCAGAGCUAACUUGUGUGAAGAUUCGAAUGACCUUCGCCCUGUCCUUUGCGUGCAACUCGAGAAAUAACGGGAACGAAAGACAACAAUCACUAAUAGAAAGUUUAUGGGAUUGAUUGACAAAACAGUAACUUGAAAUAAUCGUUACCCAGGCCGCUCUGGUGAUUUAGAAAUAUAAGUACUCUGUCAACGUUGUGGAAGAUGUGGACUAGCUAUGAUUCCGAGGCUCUGACUCAGGCACCCGUCCGCGAAGGAGCGGUGAGAAGAGCGAUGCCCUGGUAUUUUUGUACAAUUUCCGGCGGCAACGAGGAAGGCUCCGAUUCGAUUCGAUUCUAGGCAAUUACCAAUCAUAGUCUGCGCCACCUGGAGUCCGUGUUUGUCCGUACCCAAGAUCAGCCGACAUGUCAUCUUCUGGCGCCCAUUCCGAGUCCAAUCCCAGAUCUUUCAGCCGCCGUUCUUGGUAGUAUUCCUUCAAAUCCAAGGCUUCCUUUUCUCUCUGGAGAUACGCCAAUGUUCGCGAUAGGGCCUUUGUUUCUGAUUCACGAAGACGUGUACAAACUUCUGGCCCGCCUUCGGGGCACUGUUUGAGGUCGUCAAUAGCUUGCUGGCAUGCCUCGGAUACUGCGUUGACCACCUUGAGUUCAUUUCCUUCACUGACAGGCAUGCUCAUGAAUCCCCAGACUUCCUUUCGAAAGAUGCUUUCCAACAAGAAUGCGUCAGUCGCUCCCAGCUUGCAAAGACGAACAAAUUGGAUCAUGGCAGGGUCUGGUUCUCCGUCCCGUCCUGGCGAACUGAUCACAUCAAAGGACUGGGCAGGAUCCAUUGGAGCUUGAUCAUAGGUUUCAAAUUCUAGAAUAUCCAGUUUGUCGUCAUAAAAUCGAUCAUCUUGAUCAACAUCAAAUGUCAAUUCCGAGACGGCUGUCUUCCAACAUUGAGGAGGACAAAAUCCAUGUUCUAACAGGUAGUCUGCCGCACUCUUGGGUCCAUAGGAGCAGAAUAUUUCGUCGCCGGCAGUGUAACUUUGUGCUGCAAUGAUUUGAGCUCCUUUCGUCAUCUUGAAUGGGCCCAUCAUGCCACGUGUGAUUUCUUCUCCCUCAUCAUCGUGGUUGCACAUGUCCAUCAAUGGUAACAGCCGCAACGCACUAUCGACAAAGACGGCCCGUGACUGUGCCAGUGCCACGGCCCAGCGAAAGCCGUCUUGGCUAAAACAAGGUCGUUCUUCGCCAUUGAUCACGACCGUUUCUGGGAGUUUUUCGUCUGUAAAGACUCGCUCACUGAGCCACGCCACAUCCUCUUCGAUAUCAUCCAAAACACGGUAAAUUUUGUUUGUCGAGGAUAAUUGCAAUAUUUCUUGAUCCUCUUCGGACCAUAGGAGAGGGUGGCUUUGUUUCAUUUCCUCGGGUGAUGGCAAGGCAGAUACCCAUGCUUUCAUCAAGGCUUGUACUUCGUCACCGCGAGCAGGCAGUUGAAUUCCUUGCUCUGCUGUCCGAGCCAAUUCAUUGAGUAUCAAGAGGGCAAUGAGGCCAGCAUCUCCUGUCCACCCCUCGAAUUUUUCUGGCAGCACACCCAUGAAGACGACAUCACGUGCCACAUCUGCCGUCAACAUGUACCGAUCGUCAAGGGGCAUUGCCAAGCAGACUUCACCUUUUUUUAUGUUUUUGGUGGCAAUUAGACCGAGUCGUCCUGUAGUUGGACUACUCCCAACGGCCACAUUGACUGUCUUGGCAACUUCAUCCUGACAACCUUCCAAGGCAGUGUUGAGAUCUUGACCAACAGCCUCGAUCGAGACAGACGAAGAAGCGCUGGCUCCCAGGUGAGUCAAAGUGACUCCAUGAUGAUGGUAACUGGUAAAGGCUUGCGAUCCCAAGGCUAGAGUAGCCACUAGCGUCGUUCUCAGCAGCAUGAUCAUCAUGGUCAAAGCUUCAAAGAAUAACCAAAAAGAUGAGGAAACAAGAUUGUGGGUGAGGAUGGCCAAAAAAACACG